GCGCCUCACGCGAACUUACCUAAAAAUCUGUAAUUUGUUAUAUUUUGUUGUUUUUGUUAUUUGCUUUGGAUUUGGCCUAUUUUUCGUUAUGUUGCAAAGUAAUAUAUGAACGUGUAACGUAUAGUAGAACUUAUAGUGACGAUGUUAUAGAAUUGAGUCCAUUAGAAUAAUUCUCAAGCAAGUGUUCAAUUAUGCCGGCUACAAAUAGGAAAGAUCGUACUCCACCACUACGCCAAUCACAACGACUCUCUAAAAAGAGAAGUCAACUGAAAAUUACAAGUGGGAUUCCCGCGAAACGCAAACGCAGCAAGAGUCAAGUGAAUCUUGAAGUUAGUAAAAAUAAAAAAAUUAAACUUGAAACAACUAAGCGCCUUACUGAUAAGAUUCCCAAAAAUAUAUCUUUGGAUGGCAAGAAAGAUGAUAACAAUGAAACCAACAAAAACAAAGAUAGUAAAAGUACUUCAAAAAUUAAUAAAAAGAAGAGAACAACUGGCAAACAUAAGAAAGAGGGAGCAAUGAAAAAUGAAAAAAUCAAGUUCAAUAAGAAAGCAGGUAUAAAAGCGACUACUACUCCUCUCGUGCAGAACACAUUCGAAAAUUUCUUUGCCAGUCAAUUGGAUAAUACAAACAAUGAACUUAAUUUAAGAAGUGAAAGAUGCGGGGUGUGUGAGGCUUGCCAGCUGCAGGACUGUGGGGAGUGCAACGCGUGCCGCGCCAUGUGCAAAUUCGGUGGGCUUGGUCGCUCCAAGCGCACGUGCGUGCGGCGCCACUGCCGCAGAAUGGCCGACGAGCCCAAAGAAAUCAAGGACUACCAAACGACGGAACAGCAAGAGCUCGGUGAAAUUGAAGACAAGAAAAUUAAAUGGAUUGGAGAACCGAUCCAAGUAGAUGAAAAACAAAUAUAUUAUGAAAAAGUUGAAGUCGAUGGUGUCAAGUAUUCAUUGGGAGACUUUGUAAUGGUACGACCUGAGUUACCGAAUGUUCCUGCCCUGGUCUCUAGGUUGAUCUACAUGUGGAAAGAAAUUCGUACUAAACGUGCAUACUUUCAUGGUGAAUUUUAUAUAAGAUCUACAUAUACUGUACUGGGAGAGGUCGGCCGCGCAAGGGAAGUGUUUUUGGAUGAUCGAUGUUACCACGGUGUCGCGCUUUCUGAUAUUUUAAGAAAAGCUCGUGUCGAAAAACGAGAUCCACCCAAAGAUUUUUUUAAAUUGGGGGGAAAGGAAGCGAAUGAAGAACUUCUCGAGGAUGAUGGCAAAACAUAUUUCUAUGAAAAAUUUUAUGAGCGAUUUACUUCACGUUUUGAAGACCUACCGAUCGACCCCGAAUGCCCGAAUGUCCUAAGAAAACAUAGAUCUUGCCCGUCUUGCGAGCGCAAAAUGGAACUCUACUCCUCGUGCAUCCCUAAAAUUUGCGGCCUACUCCCAGUCAAGACGGGCGCAGUUCCGGAAGUGGAUAGAUUCGAAUGGACAUCUAUCAAAUGGCAAAAUAAUGAGUAUAAGAAAGGUUGUGGUGUAUUUCUUAGGCCGGUGAUUUUCAAAAGUAAUUUUGAAAAUAGUAUCAGUCAGAACUCUACUAUUAGCAGCAGAAAAAUUAAGUUCUGUGCCAAGAAAAGAAAAAUCAGGGAGAGGAAAAUGAAAUUAAAAAAAUUGAAACUGAAGUUAAAGAAAGUCGAUGAGAAUGUAUAUCCAGAGUAUUACAGGAAGAACGAUAAUUCACGCGGCUCCAACGAGAAAACGGCCCAGCCUUUCUGCGUGGGGCGCAUUGUCGCCGUGGCCGCGCUCGACGAGGGCCCGCUGGUCGCGCCGCAGGAAAUGCGCCUGCGCGUCAACGUGCUCUACCGGCCCGAGAACACCAAUCACAAGUUUCCGCACCGCGAGGAUUGCAACCUAGUCUACUGGAGCGAGGAAAUCAAAGAGAUACCGUUUGCUGCCGUCACAGGACUGUGCCACUUAGUGUAUGUGGACAACAUUCCCCAGCAGGAUUCCAUAUGUGAAUGGCUAGAGAUGGAUCCUAGCAGAAUGUAUUUCAAACAAUCUUACGACCGAGCCUCGGGUAAGUUCGGCCCCGUCCCGGACCACGCGAAACUCGUCGGUCGAGAAGACGGGUGGAAAGGCAAAGGAAAGGGAAAAGGGAAAUCCAACAAAUCGAGCGUCUCUAAGACUCCGGAGAUGAACGUGAGACCUCUGAGGACCCUGGACGUGUUCGCUGGCUGCGGCGGCCUGUCGGAGGGUCUGCAUCGCUCCGGUGUCGCCAAGUGCGAGUGGGCUGUCGAGAAUCUCGAAACCGCGGCUCAAGCAUACUCCCUGAACAACAAAAACUGUGCAGUGUUCAAGCAGGACUGCAACGUGCUGUUGAGAGACGUGAUGGCGGGCGUCACUCACAGCGCGGACGGCCAGCGCCUGCCGCUCCGCGGUGAGGUGGAGCUGCUGGUCGGCGGCCCGCCCUGCCAGGGCUUCUCCAGCAUGAACCGCUUCAACUCGCGCCAGUCCGCCAAUUUCAAGAACUCGCUGGUGGCGACGUGCUUAUCUUUCUGCGACUACUACCGCCCCAAAUACUUCAUCCUCGAGAACGUGCGCAACUUCGCCGUGUUCAAGAAGGGCAUGGUGCUGAAGCUCACGAUGCGCGCGUUGCUGGCCAUGGGCUACCAGUGCACGUUCGGUGUGCUGCAGGCCGGCUACUACGGCGUGCCGCAGACGCGACGUCGCCUCUUCAUCCUGGCGGCGGCGCCGGGACAGCGACUGCCGCUAUUUCCCGAGUCGACGCACGUCUUCAGCCAGCGCACCGGUUCGCUCAACGUCAUGAUCGACAAGAAACUGUUCACGACCAACAUUCGAUGGGAGAAGUUUGCGCCGCGGCGGACGUGCACCAUCAAAGAUGCGAUGAGCGAUUUGCCUGAAAUAUCUAAUGGGGCUAAUAAAAUCGAGAUAGAGUACGGCUCGAAGCCCGAGACGCAUUUCCAACGUUUGGUGCGAAGCCGCGACGAGAGCGUCAAGUUGCGCGACCACAUCUGCAAGAACAUGGCGCCGCUGGUUCAGGCGCGCAUCGCUCGAAUACCCACCGAGCCCGGCUCCGACUGGCGUGACCUGCCUAAUACAUCAGUUAAACUCUCGGAUGGAACUACAUGCAAGGUGCUCCAGUAUCGCCACGAGGACAAGAAGAAAGGACGUUCCUCCACGGACGCGCUGCGCGGCGUGUGCGCGUGCGCGGCGGGCGGCGCGUGCUCGCCGGACGACAAGCAGGAGAACACACUCAUUCCCUGGUGUAUGCCGCACACCGCCAACCGCCACAAUAACUGGGCCGGCCUCUACGGGCGCAUCUCGUGGGACGGGUUCUUCAGCACGACGGUGACGGACCCCGAGCCCAUGGGCAAGCAGGGCUGCGUGCUGCAUCCCGAGCAGCACCGCGUGGUUUCGGUGCGCGAGUGCGCACGCUCGCAGGGCUUCCACGACACCUACCUCUUCGCCGGCUCCGUACAGGACAAAUAUCGUCAGAUAGGAAAUGCGGUACCGCCGCCGUUGGGUGCGGCAUUAGGCAGAGAAAUCAAGAAAUCUUUAAGUGCCUCACAAUAAAUAUCGCAUAGAGAUAUUACUUACUCUACACAAAGACUUGUUUUGAACUAAUGCGAUCAGAUGCAAUCCGAUCCGAAUCCGUGAAAAUACGUUCCUAAGUUGUCAUAGAACUAUUUGUAUGGCAGCUUAUGCACUAGUUCCGUCAUCCGAGUUCUCUCCGUCGUACGUGAGAAUAACUCUGAUGUGCCUUGGAUUCAAAUCGGACAUAUGACGUAGAUGUCAAAGAUGUCCACUGAAUAGAUUUGAAUCAGACAUCGGAUUAGUGUGUAACCGUUAUAUUUCUAAAACUUUGAGAAAAUUAAAAAUUGUUUAAAAUUAAUGUGCCAUAUUCGUAAACAAAGACUUAUUUUAUUUAUGUCAGUUUCUUCUAUCCGCGGAGUGAAAUUAGUAGCGCUUUCUCUGUUACGUACAAAAUGAUAAAAACAAAAUGCACCAUUUUGAGACAUCAACCAAUCACAAACAUGUA